GAGAAGCAGAUUAAAACUUAAAAGAGAGGAGAGGAGGGGAGGAGAGGACACAAAGAGAGGAAACAAAACAAAGCACCUCCAACAAUAAUAAAAUAGCUACUCCUCCUCCUCCCCCCCUCCUUUGUUGAUGGCGGGGCCUGGCCUUCAACCCUCCUCCUCCACCACCACCACCUCGUCAUGACUCACUUCAGCCGAACGCUGACUCGUCUGGACCAUAAGUGGGCUCGCUUCGUCCAUCUCGCCGUCGUCCGCCGCUUCUUCCGCCUCCUCUGGGACCAUCUCCUAGCAUGUUCUUCACCCGGCCGCCACGCCCGGUACCGGCGGCUCAAGGGAUGCUUCUCGCCGCAGCUCGAGGACAUCCCCGCGGCGGCCGCAGGGUCCACGGAAGCAUGCGGCGAUAUCGAGGUGGAUUCCGAUUUGGUGCCGCUGAAGAUUAGCCUCCUUGGCGACUGCCAUAUCGGAAAAACAAGCUUCAUGGUUAAGUAUGUGGGGGAUGUGGAGGAACAGAUGGGGCUGCAGAUGACAGGGCUAAAUUUAAUGGAUAAGAUUUUGGUCGUUAGGGGGGCGAGGAUUGCAUUUAGUAUUUGGGAUGUUGGAGGUGAUCGGCAGUUUCUUGAUCAUCUCCCUAUAGCUUGUAAAGAUGCUGCAGCGAUUCUUAUUAUGUUCGAUCUAACCAGCCGUUGCACACUAAAUAACGCCAUCGACUGGUAUCAACGGGCAAGAAAAUGGAAUAAGACGGCAAUCCCAAUCUUAAUAGGAACGAAGUUUGAUGACUUUGCUCAGCUUCCUCUUGAAAUGCAAUGGACAAUAGUAAAUCAGGCCAGAGCAUGUGCAAGAGUGAUGAACGCUACUCUCUUUUUUUCAAGUGCUACUCACAACAUAAAUGUGAACAAAAUUUUCAAGUUCAUAACAGCCAAGCUCUUUAACCUGCCAUGGACCGUAGAGAGAAAUCUGACACUUGGAGAACCCAUCAUCGAUUUCUAGGAUCCUCUCUUCCUUUUUCUUACUCUUUUGCUUUCUGUGGUUACAUAAUCAUUGUCUUGUAAGUGCAAGCCUGUACAUAGCGAAAAAUUCCAUCAAACCUUGGAAGGUGCUUAUCUUUGAUCUGGGUAAUUUUCAUAUCAUUUCUUAAAAAUAAUUGGUGGUACACCCAUCAUUAUUAUACUCCAA